AGUGUCAUGUCUAUUGCAACACUGGGGGCAUAAUUACAACAUUUGGAUUCAUCGGAAGCAUGGGGUGGUUAUUCUUAACAUCCCCGUGGAAAGAGGUAUCUAUUUUACGACAUUUCUGUUACUUAUUUGUUCGCAAGUUUCUUUUUCUUCGUUACCAAUGCUUACAGCAAGUGUCGUGGAUUCGUUACAUUUCUUAAUGAGCAGAAGAGGAGGGUCUUUCUCUUGAUGUUUGCUGCACUGUGUGGUGGGGCUUCUAUUGGUCCUUUGCUUGAGUUGGUCAAGAUUGAUCCAGGCAAGAUCAUCAUUGCAUUUGUGGGGAGUGCUAUAGGUUUUGUUUCUUUUUCACUAGCUGCAAUGUCGUCGCAGAAUAGAGCGCGUUUCUACUUGCUUGGCCUGUUUUCCUCCGAUCUCUUGAAUCUGAUCUGGUUGCUCCGUGCUUCAACCUAUGGUGGCUACUCAGCUCUUUUUAUGCCAGGGAAUAAUCGUGCAAGCCCGCUGUGGUGAUGUUUGCUAUGUGCAUCAUGCUCUCACCUUCUUCACUGAUUUUCCUGCUGUUGUCAUCGGUCUAAUUCGCAAUAAAAAGAAGCUGCCAGUGCCACCAUCUGAAGAACAGAAGAGAAGAAGAGGAGGAAGAAGUAGACUGUGACUCACAAGGAAUCUAUGAGUUUUUUCACUGAGAAAGAUUGGAGCUCCCAAACUCUCAGGAGCUUCGAUAAUGUCGCACUCUUCAUUCGGGUUCACCUCAAGAAGGUUUACCACACCUUGUGCUGUGCUCUGCUGAUUUCAGCUUUUGGAAUCUACUUGCAUGUCCUUUGGAACAUUGGGGGCAUAAGUACAACACUUGGAUUCAUUGGAAGCAUGGGGUGGUUAUUCUCAAUGGCCCCAUGGAAGGAGAGGACGAGGGUCGAACUCUUGAUGUUUGCUGCACUGUGUAUUGGGGCUUCUAUUGGUCAUUUGCUUGAGUUGGUCAUGAUUGCUCCAAGCAAGGUCAUCACUGCAUAUCUGGGGACUGCUAUGGCUUUUUGUUGUUUCGCAGAAGCUAUAACCACGUCGCAGGAUAGAGUAUAUAUCUAUGUGCUUGGCGUGCUUUCCUCCAAUCUCUCGAUUCUGAUCGGAUUGCUCCUUGCUUCAAUAUUCUUUGGUGUAUCCAUAGCUAUUUUUCCGAUGUGUCUGUAUUUUGAACUUCUGCUGUGGUAUAUGGUGUUGGAUAGCCAGGCAAUAAUUGUGCAUGCCCGCCACGGUGAUGUUUACUGUGUGCAUCAUGCUCUCACCUUCUUCACUGAUCUCCCUGCUCUCCUUAUUGGAAUAAUUCGCAAUAUCUGGGGGAACAAUGUGCGGCAGCCACCAGCUGAAGAACAGAGGAGGAGGAGGAGGAGAAGUGGAAGAAGGUAAAUUGUGAGUCACUUUGGAAUCUGCAUAGUCUUUUUACUUUACUUCCUAGAGAGCACUAUACAAAACUCCUUUAAGCAACAAUAAUCUGAGGAUAUGACCUUCUUUACAACAGUUUUAUACUAGUACUAUAUACAAUGUUCAAGAAACUGUGACAAGUUGUUGAUGCUAGCAAAACAAUAUGAUUGUUUUUUUUUCCGUGGUGCUUUUGAAUGCAAACUAAUAUUCUGUAGAAGUUCAGUUUUACCUCUCUUUUCAUCUAUGUUUUCCUUGUGCUUGCCUGGCUAGCUCUGUUUUCUGUUUUUAUUUUUUGGGUAGACACAAAAAUACUUGUUUGACGAGCUGUUACCGGAAACUGUUUUCGAGAAAAUUUGCUGAAAAAACCCACUUUUUAAAACUUGACUUGAGGACUCUUGAGUAGCAUAUUCUUUGGGUUUGCUAAGGUUAGAUGUUUGUAGGAAAAAAGCCCAAAGUAAAGGACACGAACAAGUGACUAAUGCAGUGUAACCAGGGAGAGAAUUUU